AUGUCGGUCACACGUGCUGGAGCAGGGCACCCGGCCUCCUGCGGGCGCCGCGGCAGAGCGCGUGGGUCAAAGCAGAAGGAGCCGCGCGGGGCGGCUGCGUUGGGGAGCCCUGCGGGCCCCGGCCUGCAGCGAGGGGCAGCUCGGCGCCCGUGCAGAGCAGCGUGUGGGGCAGGGCUGCGUGUGGAACCCGCAGGCGCCGCUCGCAGGGGACAGGCCGCGAGCGCCCAGCGCCGGGCGCCCGUCACGUCACAUCCCCGUGCGGGACGAAGCGGGCAGAAUGCUGCUGUGCUGAGUGACCACACGUCAACGCCCUGCCCUCGUGGGAGCACUGAAAGCCUCUCUGAGCUCCUGUAUUCGGAAGACUUUGUUGGCAGCCCUGAGGACACGGUGCGUUCGGCGGGCAUGGGCAGUGCUGCCCACCCAGGGCCAGGCUUAGAGACCUGCCACAGCAGUCCUGGGCCUCUUGCGCUCACGAGCACCCGUCUGGCAUAUCCACGCUCGGAGCCUGAAUCCAGGGGGCCCAGGCUUCCAGAGACAAGUGGAGGAGCCGGCAGAACCUCCGCUCUUCAGCCGGUUCCUUCUACUUCAUCUCCAGCCCCCUCUCUCAAGAGAAACCAUGAUGUGAAAACCAGCAAGAGAACUGGUGGCAAAGCUGUUGACUUACUUAAUGAUACCUCCUUUCAGGCAAGAUUAUUACCUGAAGAGCAGGCAGCCCUGAUCGAUAAGGACAACAACGGAGUUGAUCAACACCCUGAAGGAACAUCYAUAGUGAGAAACAAAGUUAGCUCCCACACAGAUCUGAAUGUAGGAAAGGGGCAAACUGCUAGAGAGAAAAGCCAGUCGUUAACUCCAGUUAGCUCCUAUUUGCCGUCUGGCCCUUCAGAUCUUGAACUUAAUGCCCUGGAAAACAGUACGUCAGACRCAGAUGAUGAUUUUCUAGGAACACUAGGCAUCUAUAAAGACAUCAGUGAACUUCUAAUAAGCAAACUUCCUGGAUAUACAAUGUAAUUAGAAUGUUUUCCUGCCUUGAUUGAAGUAUAAGAUUUAAAUUAUAUUUUUAUAAGAACUGUUAUAUUUAGCUACAGUUUAUA